UUGUUUACAAUUUUGCUGCCUUUGCAUACGGUCCAAAAAAUCACAACCAUCGGUGGUUUUGUUUCGCACAAACGAACGCGUUGCGGUAGUUUUUGGUGUGCAAAUAGCAACUAGUGGCGAAGUAAAACAGAAACAUGACUGUAGUGGAGUUUUUCGGCUGCAGCUUCCUAGCGUUCGGGCCCCCGGUGGCAAUGUUUGCGCUGACGAUAGCACACGACCCGAUACGUAUCAUCAUUUUAAUAGCAGCCUCAUUCUUCUGGCUGGUAUCGUUGCUUCUUUCCUCCACGGUGUGGCUAGCAUUUCAUCCCAUUACAUCGAAGCUCACCUUCGGUUUGAUAUGCUCCGUAUUCAUUCAGGAAGGAUUCCGAUAUCUUAUGUACAAAGUGCUUCGCAAGACGGAGAACGGCCUGCAGGAAGUGACGGACAUUGUACGAAUCGCCGACUAUCGACACAUUCUGUCGUAUGCUUCCGGGCUUGGAUUCGGCAUCAUAAGCGGUGCAUUUUCCUUGGUCAACAUUCUAGCUGACUCCGUCGGUCCGGCUACGGUAGGAUUGAAGGCGAGCUCGGACGUCUUUAUGCUCAUUAGUGCCGCCCAGUCGCUUGCCAUGAUCUUGCUACACACGUUCUGGAGCGUUAUCUUUUUCAAUGCUUGCGAUGUGAAAAACUACUAUCACAUUGUUUACGUAGUGGCAAGCCAUCUGUUUGUGUCCUGCAUGACGCUGCUAAACGCGAAUGCACUGUUCGGCGUCACAUUGAGCGUUUCGUACCUGAUGCUCUGCAUUACGGGCGUAAUUGCAUUCCAGGUGGCUGGCGGUACGGUAGCGUCCUUCCGGAAGUUUCUCACAUGCAAAUGAAUGUGUCCAUUCUACAGCAGUAUCGUCUUAAGAAUAUCGUUAGCACUUAAAAUAAUUAUUAUGAACUAUCAUCCGACAUCCAUUUACUGAAGAUUGUAAUACUUAUUAUUUUUCUUUCAUAUAAAUAUACAUUUAAUACGUCCACGAAAA